UUUCAUCUAAAUGGGAUGCACAAAGCUGGAGAUGCGAUUCUGGGUGGGCUGUUUCAAAUCCACUUCUUUUCUGUCUUUCCUGACUUGUCUUUUACCUCAGAGCCACAACAGCCUACCUGCCACGGUUUUGAUGUUCUAGGAUUUAAACGAGCCCAGACCAUGGCUUUUGCUAUAGAUGAGAUAAACAAAAGCCACAACCUGCUGCCAAAUGUGACUCUGGGAUACAGUUUGUAUGAUCACUGCAACAUACUAGAAAUCGGAUUCCGUGCAGCAUUGUCAUUAUCCAAUGGUCAAGAGGAGCAAGUUAAAUUAAAUGAGACCUGUGUAGGAAUCCCUCCAGUCCUGGGGAUUGUGGGUGAUUCUUCCUCUACACGUUGUCUUGCUAUUUCCUCUGUGUUAGGUUUGUACAGAGUACCUAUGGUGAGUUAUUUUGCCACAUGUUCCUGCCUGAGUGAUCGGCAAAAGUUUCCAUCCUUCUUUAGGACAAUCCCAAGUGAUGCUUUCCAGGUGCGUGCUGUGAUUCAGAUUCUGAAACACUUCAGCUGGACUUGGGCAGGUCUACUGAUCAGUGAUGAUGACUAUGGACUAUAUGCUGCCCGAUCCUUCCAGUCUGACUUGGCUCAGUCUGGUGGAGGUUGUCUGGCCUACUUAGAGGUUUUGCCCUGGAACAAGGACACAGCUGAACUAAGGAGGAUUGUGGAAAUAAUGAAGAAAUCCACAGCUCGUGUGGUCAUUGUGUUCGCACACGAUGGUCACAUGAUUGACCUCAUGGAAGAGGUGGUGAGGCAGAAUGUGACCGGCCUGCAGUGGAUAGCCAGUGAAGCCUGGACAUCAGCUACUGUGCUGCAGACCCUGGACCUUAUGCCGUACCUGGGUGGCACACUGGGCAUUGCCAUUCGUCGAGGAGAAAUACCAGGGCUCAGGGAUUUCUUGUUACAACUACGCCCUGAACUACGCCUGAACACCAACAAUGGAAAUAAUUUGGUAAAUCAGUUUUGGGAAUACACAUUUCAGUGUAGAUUUGCACCACCUCCACCAGGCUGGUUGGAAGCUGGAGGAGCACUGUGCACUGGACAGGAAGAUCUAGAGAACGUGGACACUGAGUUCUUGGACAUUUCAAACCUUCGAUCAGAGUAUAAUGUUUACAAGGCUGUGUAUGCGCUGGCGUAUGCCCUUGAUGACCUGCUGCAGUGUGAGUCCGGGAGAGGGCCUUUCAGUGAGCACAGCUGUGGCAGUUUGCAAAGACUGGAGCCAUGGCAGCUGGUGUAUUAUUUGGAUAAAGUCAACUUCACCACAUCAUUUGGAGAUCAAGUAUCAUUUGAUGAGAAUGGCGAUGUAUUACCAGUAUAUGACAUCAUGAACUGGAUGUGGCUCCCUGAUGGAAUAACUCAGGUUCAGAGUGUGGGUGAGGUGAAGAAGUCACCUCUCAAAGGUGAAGAACUCACACUUGAUGAGGAUAAAAUCUUCUGGAACUUUGAAUCUAAAAAGCCACCCCGGUCAGUGUGUAGCGAGAGCUGUCCACCAGGUACCCGCAUGGCAAGAAAGAAGGGGGAACCUGUGUGCUGCUUUGACUGCAUCCCUUGUUCUGAGGGAAAGAUCAGCAAUGACACUGACUCCACAGAGUGCACCAGCUGUCCAGAUGACUUCUGGUCCAGCCCCCAGCGUGACCACUGUGUUCCUAAGAAAACAGAGUUCCUCUCCUACCACGAACCUCUGGGUAUCUGUUUGACAGCUACAUCACUGCUUGGCACAUUUAUUUGUGCUGUUGUCCUGGGGAUCUUCAUCUAUCAUCACAACACUCCUAUUGUACGUGCCAACAAUUCAGAACUGAGUUUCCAGCUACUGAUGUCACUAAAACUGUGUUUCCUGUGCUCAUUGCUGUUUAUUGGACGUCCCACACUGUGGACAUGUCAGCUGAGACAUGCAGCAUUUGGCAUCAGCUUUGUGCUUUGCAUGUCAUGCAUCCUGGUCAAAACCAUGGUGGUUCUGGCUGUGUUCCAGGCUUCUAAGCCAGGAGCUGGAGCCGGUCUGAAGUGGUUUGGUGUUUUGCAGCAGAGAGGGACAGUUCUGGUUCUUACUUCUCUUCAGGCAGCAAUCUGUACUGCCUGGCUUGUUUCUUCCUCACCAACACCUCAUAGGAACACCCAGUACCACAAUGACAAGAUCAUUUAUGAGUGUGUAGUUGGGUCCACAGUUGGUUUUUCACUGCUACUUGGCUACAUUGGCUUUCUUGCUCUCCUCAGUUUUCUGUUAGCAUUUUUAGUAAGAAAACUUCCAGAUAAUUUCAAUGAGGCUAAACACAUCACUUUCAGCAUGCUUAUUUUCUCUGCUGUUUGGGUGGCAUUUGUUCCUGCUUAUAUAAGCUCACCAGGCAAAUAUGCAGAUGCAGUGGAGGUAUUUGCCAUCUUGGCUUCUAGUUUUGGCCUCUUGGUGGCACUGUUUGGACCCAAAUGUUACAUCAUCCUGAUGAGACCAGAGAGAAACACAAAGAAAGCAAUCAUGGGUAGAGGCACCACCAAGUAA